CUCGGGAUUGUCCAUAAUUUUAAAGGGUGCCUCGGGACUGUCCAUAACUUUAAAGGGUGCCUCGGGACUGUCCAUAAUUUUAAAGGGUGCCUCGGGACUGUGUCCAUAAUUUUAAAGGGUGCCUCGGGACUCUCCAUAAUUUUAAAGGGUGCCUCGGGACUGUCCAUAAUUUUAAAGGGUGCCUCGGGACUCUCCAUAAUUUUAAAGGGUGCAUCGGGACUCUCCAUAAUUUUAAAGGGUGCCUCCCAUAAUUUUAAAGGGGUGCCUCGGGACUGUCCAUAAUUUUAAAGGGUGCCUCGGGACUGUCCAUAAUUUUAAAGGGUUGUCCAUAAUUUUAAAGGGUCCAUAAUUUUAAAGGGUGCCUCGGGACUGUCCAUAAUUUUAAAGGGUGCCUCUGGACUCUCCAUAAUUUUAAAGGGUGCCUCGGGACUAUCCAUAAUUUUAAAUGGUGCCU